AUGCUUAACCUCGACAUCAUGAUGCCAGAACGAAAUUCUACAUUGGCGGUCUGUUUAACUGGCGCAUGCAACACUCAAGCUGUCUCCUCGUCCGAACGCCUGUUUCUUGCAGUUCUUCUUCUGGGAGUAAUGGUGCUAGCCAACGCUUACACGGGGCAACUUCUCGGAUUCUUCGCUUCCCCACCUCAUUACGACAACCCACGCACAUUAGACGAAGCCGACAGGGUCGUGCGUUAUCUGUACUCUGAUAUAGAUUACCGCGAGGUAAUGAAAAAGAUGGAUGCUUCUGAUGCACUUACAAGUUUCAUUGGCAAGUUUGUAAUUGAUAAAGAACUUCUGAUUCGGCUACAUCACGUAGCUCACUCUAAACAAGAUGCGUUUCUUAUUUCGACAGAUCGCUUCAUGAAGUAUGUGAUGUAUAAGAACAUGAGCCUCGGUGGUAAACCUUUGCUGUACGAAGUUCCAGAAUGUAUCGCAACACCUGGAAAUGUCGGGUUUCCUGUGACUAAGAAUAUUCCGGAAUAUGACGUUUUGAAUCGGUUUUUAAUGAGAGUUUUAGAAAGUGGUCUGUAUACUCGCCGGGAUAUUAUUGAACAAAGUCAGCUAACUGCCCAAGGCACCUUGAUUCCGAAAACCUCAGAGGAACCUAAACCAGUUGCAAUGACUAUGGAUCACUUUUCAGCCUCUUUUUUUGUAUUUGUUCAAGGCGAUCCUGGAAGACGCCGAACACAUCAUGGGCUGUGGCGAUCUGUGUUUGAUAUGAUUCAGAUUCUGUUAAAUGGAGUGUGCACCCAACAAGCUAAUACUUUUGGUCAACGACUGUUUCUACAAGUUAUUGUACUGAUCACAAUGGUGUUAACCAAUGCGUAUUCAGGGCAACUGCUUGGAUUUUUCGCUGCCCCACCGCAUUACGACAAUCCUGGAACAUUAGACGAGGCUGUAAGCGCAACACGGCAUCUUUAUUCCGAUAAAGAUUAUAAUUUUGUAAUGGGAAACGAAGACGCCAGCGAUGCCAUGAGAAAGUUUCUUCUAAAGUUUUCCGUCGACACUGAUCUCCUAACCCGUCUACACAGUAUAGUGCAAUCAAGGAAUGAUGCAUAUCUUCUUACUCACGACCGUUAUUUGCAAUACAUGAUGUAUAAGAAUUUGACAAGCAAUGGGAAACAUCUGCUUUAUCAAGUUCCAGAAUGUAUGAUAACGCCCGGAAAUGUCGGUUACCCUGUGACGAAGAAUAUUCCAGAAUAUGAUGUUUUAAAUCAGUUUACAAUGAGAGUUUUAGAGGGCGGAUUGUACGGUCUAAGAGCUAUUAGAGAACGAAACCAACUUACCGCGCAAGGUGUUUUGAUUCCAAGUAGCUCACAGAGAAGCGAACCUCAGGCAAUGACUUUGGACCAGUUUUCGGCUUCUCUUAUUGUUUUAACUGUAGGAUUAGGGGUGUCCAGUGUUGCAUUUUUCACAGAAUUGCUCAGAUUUCAUUUGCAAAUUUCUUGUGUGUUUUGUUAUAGAAACACUUAUAUUAAUAUUUUAAACUGAAUCGUGAUGUUUUGUAAAUUUUAAUCAUUACAGUAGUGUGAAAGAGAAAAGUAUCCUAGUUAAAAGAAAUUUUUGUAUUUUUGCAAUUAAUUUAAUGCAACAAUUACCCCAAAUUCCAUAGAUAUUGGUUAAAAAUUCAGAUUUGUGUGUGAUAAAACCUGCAUAUUUUGUUACCAAAAUCUUUGUUUUCUCCCUACUUUUGCUCUCUUCUACCUCCACAUGGGGUACAAAGGAAUACAUAGUUUCUGGUAACCGUGUCGUGUAAACGUGAUGGGAUAUUAAAAUAAUUUUAUUUGAUGGUAAUUACUUUUCCACUUUGUUUUGACUUCUGAUUUGUUACAAUUGAAGAGAUAAAAAUCAAGAAAUUUUUUUACUUGCUUCCAGACAAAAACCCAAAGCGGCCAGUUUUGUAACAAUUACCACAUUCCCUUAACUAUCUCAAUUUAUUAGUAUUAUUACUACUACACUGAACACUACAAUUGAAAUAUCAUUUUUUUUAAAUUAACAAAUC